GUAACGUUAUAUAUAUAUUUUUUUUUAUCGUUUUUAUAAUACCACCCCGCAAGUUACGUUUUAAAACUUUUUAAUCACACUUUUUACUGCACAACAAUGCCUCUGAGAUCCGAACUCGCGAAAGAGGAGGAACUCAUUUCCUCGGUGGUAUCAUCAAGCCUGGCCAGGUGUCAUUUGUCUGAUUGCGAAUUGAUGUGUUUUUUUAAUAUGGAAAAACACAGAAGUAACGCGAGGGAAAACUCUCACAGAAUUUUCGUCAACAGGAGUCUGCACCUGGAGAACAUCAAAUUCUAUGGAUUCGACAUGGACUAUACGUUGGCCGGUACGCGAUCGGGCUUGUGGUUCGAUUCGUUGUACGGUACGCUGCUCAAAGUGGAUUCCUAUGGUAACAUACUCGUCUGCGUACAAGGUUUCGAGUUUUUAAAACAUUUGCUACACAGGGAAAAAACUGGAGUACGCAGUGGCGAUUUGUUAAUGUCGUUCAACUCUAUAUUCCAAGACGUGAGAAACGCAGUGGACUGGAUGCACAUACAUGGCGAUUUGAAAGAAAGAACUAUCCAAAACUUAUCAGAUUACGUCAACAAGGACGCGAGACUCCCGAUGUUCUUGGCUAGGAUUCGGCAAAGUGGCGCCAAGGUGUUUUUGUUAACCAACAGUGAUUACUGGUUUACCAACAUGAUCAUGACGUAUUUGUUCGAUUACCCGCACGGUGCUUCGCCUAGUGAGCCACACAGAGACUGGCAGUCAUAUUUCGACAUAGUAGUGGUAGAUGCCAGGAAACCGUUGUUUUUCAGUGAAGGCACAAUCCUGCGACAAGUGGACACCAAAACUGGAGCUCUGAAAAUGGGCACACACAUUGGGCCUCUGCUAAAAGGCCAAGUUUAUUCGGGAGGCUCCUGCGACAUUUUCACCAAGCUCAUCGGUGCCAAGGGAAAAGACGUACUGUACGUGGGAGAUCAUAUAUUUGGGGACAUUCUCAAAUCAAAGAAGAUACGUGGUUGGAGAACAUUUUUAGUCGUCCCCGAGUUGGUCCAAGAGCUGCACGUGUGGACAGACAAAUGUCAGCUGUUUGCAGAACUACAAAAUUUCGAUAUAGCUCUUGGAAACAUGUACAAAAAUUUAGACAGCAGUACCAACGAAAAACCUGACAUUUCAAAACUAAGAAUGGCGAUGCGCGACGUUACUCACAAAAUGGACUUAUCGUACGGAAUGAUGGGUAGUCUCUUCCGGUCGGGGUCCAGGCAAACCUUCUUUUCGUCGCAAGUCACACGGUAUGCUGACUUGUACGCAGCGACAUUUUUAAAUCUAAUUUACUAUCCAUUUUCUUAUAUGUUCCGAGCACCGGCUAUGCUGAUGCCGCACGAGUCCACUGUGGCACAUGAACACGAACAGAGACUGAGCAAAGAAGACAACGCGAUGGCGUCUGCAGCGGCGGCGGCGGCGACGUUGAAGUCCGUCAGCGAAACUGUGCUAAACGCCAGUAAAAACGUCGUUGCGACUACGACUGCGGACGAGAUUCGUGUUUUCCCGAUCACAGACUCAGAUGCUGCAGGGCACAACCACGUUCAGCACCCAAGUGCCGUCGUCAGUGACGCACACACACGACGAAGACUGUUCGGACGAAGAAGAAGUGCUCGAGACCAAAAAAUAACCGACCAAGACAACGAUAACAAUAACUAUUACAUUAUUUCAUAAACUUUAUUAUUUUAUUUGUAAAUUUUUUUUCUCCCCAACCGCGAUUCCACCAACACACCAUAAUACCUAUAUAUGAUUUACAAACAUUAUUUAUAAUAUUUCUAUAUGUACACAAUUAUAUUGGUUCUAUAUUUCGUUAAUGUUAUUAUUAUUUUUUUUACGAUCACACGCCGCACACAUUUUUCACCUAAUAAUAAUUUACAUGAUAUGAGUAGGUACCUACCAACGCACAUUAUUAUUAUGAUCUUAACGUCGUCGUGCCGACUGUGCAGAUGAAAACGGUUUUUCGUUAGCUGAUGCUGCCUUGCGUCGUCCAAGUUCAGUAUUGCCGGCAUGGUAAAAAUACAUUAUUUGUCACGUGACUGCGAACCACUUUUAUGCGAACAAUUGCACAAGAUUUGCCAAUAUUAUUAUGCCGAUGGAAAUUUUUUUUUAAWGCGUGGCGUUGGAAAACCGUUUUUUGAGCGGUAGGUCGUCGUCGUUUAUCAAUUAUUACCUAUUUUCCUAUAAUACAUGGGUGCGUGAAAUCGGACAAGUACUGAUAAAGAUUUUUCGGAAUUCAUCGGGUACCGCCCACUUAAAAUAUUUUCAAUUUUGUUAUGUUACCGGGAUCAAGUGGGCUGAAAAACAAAUCAAAUUAAUUGUUUGUUACCACUUUUAACCACCGCUGAGAUUGUUGAUAAUUAAUAAUAUUAUAUAAUAAUGUGUUGCAUAGGUUUAAUCGUCUGCCUACCCAAUAUACAGGUCAAGUCUGCAAUAUCGRACGACGUAGGUUAUAUAUUAUAAACGAAAGAUAAAUAUUAUGUGAUUUUUAUAUUAUACGCGGCGACUCGGUGAAUAACKUAUUUGUCUACCGUCCAAUUCGAUUUUUGAACAUAAACAUAUAAAAUAUAAUAUACCGUACAACGUGUUCGUCGACUAUCAGACAAUGCCCUCCCCAAUUGUUGGGCCGAAUUUUAAAGGGUUUCGACAAACUAGAAAGCUACUGAACAGACAUUUAUAUGAACAUCAUCAUAAAUGCAAAUUUAUCGUAACCUAACCAAUAACCAUUUCGGUACGAGUGUAGUUAAACUUGCAUCUUUAUUAAUUUAUUACAAUUAUAUAACUGUAGCAACAAGUGUUUUAAAUAUUUGUUUUUCGAACAUAUUUGCGGGAAUGCCAUUUAGUCAUUUUGAACUUAUUUUUUUCAUGGUUCUAAUAUAAAAAUUACAACUUAAUACCAUGAAUUUAUUUU